CGUCGUCGGUCAACCAGCACCAAAAAAGAGAGCCUUUGUCGGUCAGCUUGUUGUUUUUUUUGUUUCUUGCAAGAAGUUAUUACUUUCGUCAUCGACGUUAACGCAAGUUCGAAGUUCGAUCUUCGUGGUGAAUAAUCAUAUUCGGUGAAGUUUAUUUUCCGAAGGAAGGAUAAAUCAAUAAAGAUGCUGAAAUUCGUGGCAGUUUUUUCGCUCGUCGCAACGCUAGCCUUCGCUGCACCCGCAUCCACUUCUCAGGAUUCACCGAAACCACGAUCCUUGCUCGAGGAUGCGUUCUCCGUUUACACCUCGUGCCAGGGUGAAGCCGAUAUCUCGGUGUGCCUUAAACUCAAAGCUCUUCGUUUCGUCGAUCGUGCCGCAAGAUCCGCCGACAUCAGCAUCCUCGAUGGCGUCAAAAUCGUACAAACCGAAGAAGCCAAAUCUAGCCGUGCCGACAACGCAAGGUCACUGAAUGACAUUGAAGCCACUUUACCUACGGAAGUUGAAGCCCGCGAAGUAGCCGUCGACGAGGCUCUUCUCGACAGAGCCGGUAAAUUCCUUUCAACUCACACCAUCGAACUGAGCCUUCCGGAAGAGGUUUCUCGCUCCAUGGACGAAGCUCGUGGCAAGAAGAAGAAGAUCAUGAAAGGACUCAUGCCAAUCCUCAUGCUGUUGAAACUCAAGGCUGCCAUCCUCGUGCCCAUCCUUCUAGGAGGACUCGCCCUCGUCGCUUUCAAAGCCCUCGUUAUUGGUAAAAUCGCUCUCAUCAUCUCCGUCAUCAUUGCUCUGCAGAAGCUCCUUGCCGCCAAACACCAGAGUUACGAGGUUGUAGCUCACCCAGCACCGCAUGGUCAUGACGAGCACGAGCACCACGGCUGGUCCCGAUCGGCAGGUGCGGAGCUUGCUUAUUCUGCCUACAAACCUGUAGCCAUCAUGAUGGAUCCCAAGACUGAACCUGAACUUGACAUAAGUGACAGCAAAGAGGAACCCAGCAAUUUCCAAAAUGUUUUUGCUUCCUGUUUGACGAAAAAAAUUCACGGUGUUUUCGAGUGCGCUAAUCGUGGUACUCUGAGCGUUCUACGCGCCAUGAAUCGCGAAGAUGUGCUCGAUUAUGACAGUGUCAAGCUCGAAAGAGCCGAGGGACAGAGUCGUGAACUCUUGGAUCUCGACUACGAUCCUAAAGAUUUUGGCAAUGUUGUUCAAGCAGCUGCCAGACUUAUGGAGAGGAGGAAUUUAAGGUGGGAUCUCAGCAAUAUUUAUCCGGGUCUCCAAAUGAGAGUCGGUCCAAUGCUAAACGGCAAUGGGGUGUUGGAGUUCGUGGUCGAUGAGAGGUUCCGUGGAUAUACGGAUCGACAGUUGGGAACAGGUAGAAUGAUUGUGCGGAGUCUCGUGCUGCCAUUCCUGCUCGGCUUCAAGUUCAGUCUAGCGAGUCUCGUACCCUUGAUCUUCGGAAUAAUACUGCUGGUCACGAAGAAGGCCUUGCUCCUAACCAAGUUUGCUCUCCUGUUGAGCAGCUUAUUAGGCUGGAAUUCCAUUCUCACUGGAGGGCAUGCUUCUCAAGGCGGUUAUCCAGUAUCGCAAAUGAAUCCGUUAGUCCAAGGAUUGGCUGGAUUCGGAUUCCAAAAUCCCCCUGGACCUGAUACAUUUUCUGAAGAAAUUGGAUCCUUCCACAAUUAUGAUCACCGAUAUCCUUACAGGCCUGUUUACAGGACACUUCAAAGAUCCCCAGACUUCCCAACGUAUGGCCAACACGUCGUGAGGGAAGUAGUCAACGUUUACGAUGGUAAAAAACAUCCCGAAAAUCAAGAACCAACGGGAAAUGUUUUGAAAAUUAGAAGGCCCAUGAAGAAAACACGAUUCUCGUCGGGCACAACGUGCCUCUUCGGCUACCUGCUGGUCCUCUCCGUUUCCAGCUUGAGUAUCGUCAGUGCAGACUAUGGAAAAUUUUUCGAGAGGUGUACGACCGAGAAGAACACAUUUGAUUGCCUGAAACGUCGAGCUCUCGAGGUCCUUAACACCGCGAUCAAAGAUGAUUCUGUUUACGUCAUCAACGACUUUGUCUCGAUCGCUAAGGAUCCUCGAUCCGCCGUCUCUAUUUCCGAGCGGCAGGACACCUUCAAUGACACCGGAGUCAAGACUCUUGAUGAGCAACUUGAAAAAAAGUUUCAAGAUUAUCUCGCCUCGAGAACCAUCAAACUCACGAUUCCUGGUAACGCCAUACAAGGUCGUAAGAAGAAGGACAAGGGAGGCUACGGUGGUGCCUUAAUGGUCGGAGGUCUCGCGGUUGCAGGUGUAAUGGCUCAAUUGGCUUACGGCAAAAUUGCUUUCAUCGCUGGAACAGCUUUGCUCACAGCUAAAAUCGCUCUAGUCCUUAGCGCUAUUAUUGGCUUGAAGAAACUCGUGUCAAGCGGAGGUGGUGGACACGAAGUCAUCUACGCGACUGCUUCCGAGCAUCAUGGCGGAUACGGUGGUGGUUAUGGGGGCUGGCAAAGAUCCCUCAGUCCCACCACACCAACGUGAACAGCUAAACUUAUCGAAUAAUUAUAAAUACGCGCUGAAACAAACGCACGUCACGGGUGCAUGGUGUAGAAGAAACACAGAACUCGAAAAGCCAAAAAUCGUCUAUCUAUUUGCUCAUCUAUUUAUUUAUUUAUUUAUUCAUCAUGUUGUUGAAUUUCCAUUAAAAUAUCAGUUACACAAACGAGCAUAAACUUUAACGCAAAACAUUUAUUUUAGAUCCUUCUUGCAAAUUUGUGACAUUCGUUACCUGUAGAUACGUACAAUGAAAUAGAACAUAUCAUGAAAGAAAUUUAUUAUUUUUCCAAAUAACAUUUAUCCAGAAAGACAAUUUAAGAAAAUUGAUACUGGAAGAAUCGAAGAAACACUUUUUCAAGGUCAAACAUUCAGAAAAUAAAAUUGUCGAUGAUUGUUUACCCGAGACAAAAAGGGAGCGGAAAAAUACUUAAAAAACGAUAAAAAAUAAUGUCGAGCAAUAAUUUUGCUGGCGGUUCGUUCUACAUUAAUCUCAGAAUAGCCGCGAGUCUCUAAAUACAUUUCACAUUCAAUUGCUUUUUUAUGAAUACGUUUCGAUCGAUUGAGCGAUCGCAGUACUAUUAAAAAAUUGGUUACACGAUUCAACGAGCGUAUCCACCGAGAAACGGGGCUACGAACGUGCAGCUUCUUUGUGUAAACAUCGCGUGUUCAGCUGGUAUAAGGUAGCCCUCAUCGAGUCCGAUCUCUUUCUUUUUCAUUCACGAUCAUUAGAUUGACUAAACUGAUCUCAAGAAAAGUUUCUCCGCUGUUUCUUGCGGUAUCUAAUCCAUCAUUUUUUUUUCGUUCGAUGAAUCUCGUCAUCCGGUUCUUUCUCCCCUUAACGAGAGAAUCAUCUUUGAGUACGAACCCAUUUGACGUAUGCCGAUCUUGAAAAGUAUCUCCAACCAAAUAGAGGACGUCAAGCUGGGUCGUCAGGUGAAUUCGAAUACAUUAAAUAUUAUAUCUUCCUAGUUUUUCUUAACUCGAUAGAAUGGAGUGAUGCAAAUGUUAUAAAUUUUAUUAAAUUUCAUUUCUUUAGGAAAAUUAUGAUACAAGCAUCGAGAAUACGGUUAAUUUUAUUACGUAUCUCGCAAAUACCACGAAUGUGAAUACAUUAACUUCUCAAAACUAAACUCUUAAAGAAGUCCGAAUUAUUAAUUGGAACGUGAAGAAAUCUGCAAAGUGUUUUCCAUUACCAGCAGUUGCAUCUUUUCCAUUGAGAAAAUUUAUCGUUUUGAAAGAUCCGGAAAAGUGUUUUUUUUUCUUCAUUGCUCGAAUAAAAAUAUAAACGUUCGAAGACAAUAUUUACAAAGUUUCAGAGACCAAUUCCAAGAACCGAUUUCCGAAGACAGGAAGCAGAGGAACAUCGAGCAGGUAUGUGAGUGCCCUGCCUCUUCGACGUACCUCUUCUGCAGUUUUUAUUUUCACGACAUUAUUGAUUUGGAGGGUGGGAUGCGAUAAGAAAACCAAGCGAAGUAUUCAAUCAAAUCAAAUUUUUUUUCAGGUUUUCAUUCUCUUCUGUGUGAACUAAAAGGGUCGAUGAAGAAGUUUUUCUAAAAUAAUGUUUACUGCAUAAAGCGUAUUCUUUCUUCAACUUUUUGAACCAGAAAUAAUUUAGAAUUUCAGGAAUUUCUCUGCUUCUUCUUAGUUCACCCAGGAGAAAAAUAUCGGAAAUAGGACAUUUUAUUGUUCUUUUAUUGUUUCAGUCAAGAAUCGUGGGCUGUAUCGUUCUCCCAGUAAUUCAAAACUACAGUGGUCAGGCUCUCAUGGAAUGGACUGAAGCAUAUGCAGUGAUUCAUUGUUUCUUAUACAUUUUUUUCACAUUUAAAAUAUACAUUGAAAUAUAUCUCGAAGUUGCGUAUGUUCAUGUGUUUUUUGUCCUCCUAGAAAAAUUCCUGAAAAAAUAAUUCCUUUUUUUGCCCCAUAAAGUAAGAUUUUCCCUUGACUGAAUUCUUCUUAAAUUUGUAUCUUAUGUACUCCCAAUGUACUGAGUGUUAACCAGUAUCGAAAGAUCAAUUUGUAUGAGAUGUCAAUGCACACAACGUUGAGAACGCAAUUUUCUAAUUACGUAAAAAAAUGAUGAAACAGUGUAUUUUUACAUUGCACUAAAACAGUUUCGAUUCCUGAGGAAAUGUAGACCAGAAUAUUCUUUCCUUCGCAUCUCUGAACUCAUUCACAAUUUUCAUUCCCAACCACGUCACAUCCGAGUUAUUCUCACGCAUACCGCAGUGUCCCGUU